AUGACUGCGCUUGCUGCACCCAUGAUGAACGGUCAUGAAUCCGGGGCGGAAAACGGGACAGAACAUAGCCCGAACCGCUUCACGGCAGUCAAUGGCAGAGAUCCAGCUCCUGGGAGCGGUCCUCAUCCUGGCGAGCGUGGAUUGGCAGAAAGACCCAGCUUAGAUGCCAGUCAGCGGUAUGAACCGCGGGGAAGUCUCGCCAAUGACCAGGAGCAAGGGCGACAGUCCCCAAGAUCAUCAUCCCCUAACUCGCACAAGACAAAGAGAAAGAGGUCUGAGUCGCGGGAUCAGGAUUCCUCUAAUCCUGAUGCUAUGAACACCAGUCCGGUGAACCGAUCUGCCGACAUUCACCAUGCCAACCAUAGUGGCAGUACGGCGGGGUCUGUGGUAGACAUGGACCGUGGCAAUCACUCCGCGACACCAUCUCACCGGUCUGAAGGCAAUGAGAUGGGCCAGACGUCUGCCAAUAGUCCGUGGUCGGAACAUGAUUCCCAGUUGAUCACGCAGGCCCAGCGAGCCCAGCAAAUGGACCCCUCAGAUGCCCACCUGGCAGAUGCUCUGCAACGCGAAGCAGGCCAUGAACGGGGUACCAAUCGAUCGACUCCGGGCUAUCAGCAAGCUUCUUCUCCUGGCUACGGGCCAGAUCGACAUGGAGCGCUACAGGUCGCCCCAAAGAGAAAGCGAGUGUUUAGUAAUCGAACAAAAACAGGUUGUAUGACCUGCCGUCGCAGAAAGAAGAAAUGCGACGAGCAACAUCCAGCAUGCAACAACUGUCUCAGAGGCGGCUUUCUGUGCGAAGGUUAUUCUUCGCGAAGCACCUGGCAGAAGCCAACGAGCGCAAAAGCACCAGUUCCUCUGCAAUCUAAAGAAGGCUACUCCGAUAUCAACAGCCCGUACAUGCAAGAAACACCACGUCACCAAGACCGACAACCCAGUAUGCCAGAACAUGUGGAUCCUGUCAAGAUAAGACCUCUGGGAGUUGAGGAUGGCGAACGCCCUGUACAACCAUACAACACCAGCCCAACAACCACAUCAUCCACUCCCGGGUGGUCAAAACAACCAUGGCCAUCCGCAAGCGCUGGCCAUCCUUCUUAUGCCGAACCAGUUUCAAAAGUCCCUUAUCGCGAAGUCCCCUCCAUCCAUGAACUAUCUCAAGAUAACCGGUCCAAACCGGACUACCCAGUCAUCUCAUCAAUUCGGGAUCUCGGUCACGCAUCCCACCCAAAGACCACAAUGCCUCUAUUUCAGGGCGGUGUUGAGCAACGGACAUUGCCCCCGGCAGCCGUGGACACACAUAGUCCACAGAUCCAAGCUCGAAUGGCAUUGAACAUGGAGCACCACAUGUCCGGCCGAGCUGUUUCAAGCGAAGACACCGAGAAGGAGAAAAUGAUGAAAGGCGAAUUAUACCGCCCAUUCGACGUUCACCUUGUUGAAGAUCGGGAUCGUUGCCGAGGCGCACUGUGGAGAUUCAAUAAUGCCAGCAACCCGCUCGCCGGGGUGAGUUCGAAAGAGCAAACCCGACUACUGAAGGAGAUCAUUGUACCGCCAGCGAACUCAGUUGUUAACUCGCCAGUCAUGGGCGCGCCCCGCUCUCUCGGUUCCAUCGGCCAGGGUGUGAUUGUCGAAGCGCCAUUCAUGUGUCACUAUGGAUACAACAUUCAUCUCGGAGAGGAUGUGAUGGUCUCCGAAAAUUGUUUGUUUGUGGACGACUGUGUUAUCCGUGUCGGCGCACACACGUGGAUCGGUCCGAAUGUCAAAGUGCUCAGCGCUCUUGCUAAUCCCAAUAUGCAGGAGCGCAAGGGAUCGCAGAGUCGUUACCAAGGCCGCCAGGUUACGAUUGAAGAAGACUGUUAUGUAGGUGCGGGGAGUGUUAUAUACCCUGGUGUUCGUCUUCACCGGGGCGUUUAUAUAGGCCCAGGAGAAAUUGUCAAACAGGACAUUCCAGCAUAUGGGUUUCUAGGGACGAAACCCACUUUUAUGUGA